CAAGUUUUCAGGAAAGACAGCCUCAAGGCUCCGGAAGAUGCAGUUCGCCGGGAACGUUGAUAGAACAUUUUAACCCUAUAUGAGUAGAUGCAGCCGAACAUGAAUCACAGCCUAGCGCACGGGUUUACUUGUCGAGGUGACACCAUCGCGACUCGUCCAAUCCUGUAGCGUUAACGUCACGGAGACUAGUAUAACAUACCCAUCAUCUGUUAAUCCUUCGCAGUAGGCAUCAUGAUAUGGAUCGUUUGUUGAUACGUAUCCUUCGCAAAAAUACCGACGUAACAUCUUGUAACGUUUGAGAGAAAUAACCUUAUGGUGUAUCGACGCGGAGGACGUCCAUCAGACCGGGGAUGAAGGUCCCCUUUCCAAGCUGUAUACACCUCAUUGAACUGUUCAAUGCAAUCACCAUGAUGGAGCAGUUCCGUGAGGUGAAUACUAUAAGAUUGGCAUCCAAUCCACAUUGCAGGCCGAGUGACAGCAUGGUAGCCUAUACACAGGACUCACCUGGGCACCGAGGUAGUCGAAUUAGCAUCUACUGGCAUCUACUGGCAUCUACUGAGCCUAUCUGUAGGGUUCCCACUCUCAUUAAGCCCCCAUCAUCAUGGAUAGCUUUCAUUAAUCUCGCUAAGGAGGGUUACGAGACGUACUCCAAGUCUCAGUCUCAGUCUCAGUCUCAGUCCAACGUACACAAGACUGGAGGCCGAGAGUACAACUCUCCCGAUAACCGGGGACCCUCCCAGUCUUUCAGAACUUCGUACAACUCGGAGGAAGUGAGCCAGCACGUAGACUCUGACAACCAUGGCUUCUUAGACAAGGCGCUGUCUCAUGCUCACAGGACCGUCCAGCAGCAAGGUGACAUCGAUGAGGAUGGUGUCCAAAACCUCAAGAAUGCUCAUCACCAGGCAUUCAGCUCCGAGGGUCAGGGCCCAGGGGGCAUGGCGCCCGAUGCGUUGGGUGGAGCUGCAGCUUUCAAAGUAUUCACCGAUAUGAUGAAGGGCGGUGGCAGCAGCGGCGGAGGCGGCGGAGACAUGCAGAGCAAGCUUAUUGGCAUGGCCAUGCAGCAUGCCUCCAAGCUCUUUGAUCAGUCCGGUGGCGGAUCUGGCGAGGAGAAACAAAGCGCCAUGAACAGCGCUGCUACAUAUGUCAUGCAGCUUAUGAUGAAGAAGGAGAUGAACAACUUCAUCGGUGGCGGCAACAGUGGAGGCUUAGGGUGGUCUCAUGGGCAUGGUACAUCAAUUCCUGAUUUAAUCUUUCAUAGCAUCUGA